CCGCCUCGAAUCUCAGUCAGCUCCUUUUCAACUGUUGGCAAGACAAAGAUUAUCCAGCCGUGCCAGCCUCAUAUCUUACCCAAACUCCAAUUACAACAUCAAAAUGGUCGGUCUUGGUCCCAAGCGUCCUCCCUCCCGAAAAGGCACUGGUACGUAAACAGUUGGUUGCAAUCUCCAAACCCCAGCUCGGGAAUCUCCAACAGCUUUCCAUGCCCAACAUAACCCCUCUCGGCUUUAUUCAUUGCUGCCUAUUGUUUUUGUUGAAUACAAGAUAAAGUCAGGCACAAUUGCUCCUGCCAUCCGUCUGAUUGUAUACUCAGAAGGGCCAAGUGGUUCUUCCCCCCAGCGCCUUGUGUGGUUUUGGUGCCGUGUCGCGUGCGUAUCAUCCGGGAAGAGGCGAAGCGGAAGUCACGUUGGAGUGAAGACCCUAUCUGUGUACCGUCCGCGAUAAUCUUGGAUGAUGUGACAUCACUCACUCUUCUGGUUUUCUGCAUGCUCAGUCACCAACACACCACCAACCUAUCCGAUCAGGCUUCCCAGCAUUUCCCCACCUUGCUCUGCCUUGGCAUAUUUCUUCCUAAAGUACCCUUUUUGCGAAUCGCUAUAUUCGAUCCCUACUCUGGCCUGCAUUAGGUACCCAGCCUCCUACCUUGCCCUACAAAUAAGUACCUGAGCCAUGUCUUUCUUCGGCAUGAGAUCCCUGGUCAAUCCCGACAACGUCAACCAACACCACCCAAUUCCUCUGUCAAAGAGCCACGCCUACCGACACCACUCUAUUUUCUCCAGCAACAGUUCUCAGUCCAGCCGACAGGGCAAGGCCUGUGCGCUCUUGUCCCUUGUUUCUUAACUGACCAUGUCUUCAGGCUCGUUUGUCGAAGUCCCCAAGGACCUGCUCAAGGAGAUUAAGCGCCUUGAGGAGCUGUUCACGGUUGAUACGGCAAAGCUCAAACAGAUUACCGACCACUUUGUCAAUGAACUCGAAAAGGGUCUCAGCAAGGAGGGCGGGACCAUCCCCAUGAACCCAACAUGGGUCAUGUCCUUUCCCACUGGCUAUGAGACCGGUACUUACCUGGCCCUUGACAUGGGCGGCACCAACCUGCGUGUCUGCCAGAUCACUUUGACGGAGCAAAAGUCAGAAUUCGACAUUAUCCAGUCAAAGUACCGCAUGCCCGAGGAGCUCAAGACAGGUGUGGCUGAAGAUCUGUGGGAAUACAUUGCCGAGUGCUUGUUGCAGUUCAUCCAGACUCACCACGGCGAUGUCGCCAAGCUCGACAAGAUUCCUCUAGGCUUCACCUUCUCCUACCCUGCCACUCAAAAUUACAUUGAUGAGGGCAUCCUUCAGCGGUGGACCAAGGGCUUCGAUAUCGAUGGUGUUGAGGGCCGCAAUGUUGUUCCCAUGUUUGAGAAGGCCCUUCAAGAGCGGGGCGUGCCAAUCAAGCUGACUGCUCUUAUCAACGAUACCACCGGCACCCUCAUUGCCUCUGCGUACACCGACACUAAGAUGAAGAUUGGUUGUAUCUUUGGCACCGGUUGCAAUGCCGCUUACAUGGAGGACUGUGGUUCUAUCCCUAAGCUUGCGCACCUUAACCUCCCACCCGAUACCCCCAUGGCUAUCAACUGCGAGUGGGGAGCUUUCGACAAUGAGCAUAAGGUGCUCCCUCGGACUCCCUACGAUGAAUCCAUUGAUACGGAUUCACCUCGCCCCGGUCAACAGGCAUUUGAGAAGAUGAUUGCAGGGUUAUACCUGGGAGAGAUCUUCCGCUUGAUCAUGGUAGACCUGCAUGACAACCAUAAUGUCAACAUCUUUGCCGGACAGGAUAUUGGGAAGUUACGGAGGCCGUACACCCUUGACUCGUCAUUCCUGUCGGCCAUUGAGGAUGACCCGUUCGAGAACCUGUCCGAGACCCGCGAGCUCUUCCAGAACCAACUUGGCAUCGAUCCCAACCCCUCAGAGCUCGAGCUUAUCCGCCGUGCUGCGGAGCUGAUUGGCACCCGUGCCGCCCGUCUCUCAGCCUGCGGCGUUGCUGCCAUCAGCAAAAAGAAGGGCUAUAAGGAAUGCCACGUCGGCGCUGACGGGUCGGUAUUCAACAAGUACCCUCACUUCAAGAAGCGCGGUGCGGCUGCCCUUCGUGAGAUUCUCGACUGGCCCGCAAAGGCGGAUCCCAACGAUGACGACCCCAUCGAGAUCUUGGCCGCCGAGGAUGGAAGCGGCGUGGGCGCUGCAUUGAUUGCGGCUUUGACACUGGAGAGGGUCAAAAAGGGGAAUAUGCAUGGAAUUUUGCACCCGGAGAACUUCCACUAAGCGGGUGUGUUUUGGAGUGUUUGUUGAGAUUGGGUAUAGGAUUGCAGAGCAUACGGAUUACGAAGUUCAAGAGUAGCGGAUGGUUUCAGUUCCGUUGAUCACAGAUUAUAGUAGCUUAGAACGUUGAAUUAAGGGGCUUCAUUUUGUCAUUGUAUCUG